AUCACAUCCAUGGGACUAUAAAACCCAAAGAUUCCCUCGAGCUAAACAUCAUUCCACUGACUAAGCUCGAAUUGAAUGUAAAAAUGUCCGAUCGUCUUUUAAUCGCGUUUGUGAGUGUGCUCGUAUUUUUCAUCGCUUGUGUUUCCGGCGAUUACGAAACAAGAGGAAGUGAUUCUCUAAGUGAAAGCGUCGGCGAAAGAACACCACAAGAAAGAAGCGACUGUGUAACUCACAAUUGUAUGAAAAGGACCAUCAAUAGUGCACCAGGGGCAAUGUGGUUUGGGCCCAGAUUAGGCAGACGGCGAAGAUCUGGUCAAAAAGCUUUGAACUUUAGACAAAUUGAAGCUGUUUCAGAGGACAAAGAGACUGCAAAAUUUACUCCUCGAUUAGGACGAGAAUUGGCUGAAGAAAUUUUGUUUGGCGAUUUUGAGGAUUUCCCUGAACAAAUUGAUAGACAAGAUUUUUAUGAUGAAAUCCGGCCAAAACCAAUGUGGAUCUUUCGUAAAGGAAGAGAAAAUCCAGUUCCUUUUUUGCCAAUACCAAGGCUUGGUUGAAAAAUGCAACAAUUGUUGGAAAAAAUCUAGAAUAUUUAUUGUAUUUGAGAUUUAAGACUUUAAUGCAAAAUACUUUUUGUCUUUUAGAGCUUUGGACUGCGAUCUUUUUAGUAUAUGCCAUUUCUUUUACAAUAUGCAUUUAUAAGUUGUGAGAAUAUUAUGCGUUCACCGUAAAAAAAAAUUACUUAUACUUAUACUUUCCGUUACUUAUUCGUUGAAAAAAUGAAUUCAGAUAUUUGAAAUUUGAAAAAUCAUUUCUUAUUGAAAGAAAUAGAGAUUACGAAAUUUUCUUUAAUCCACU